UCAGACGUCAGAAGCUGUACUAUUAUUAUUAAUUUAGACAAGCAAAAUUUUUUAAGUAAAAAGACAAUUCCCGACAAUGAUUCUGUGCAGCCUCCGCCGCGGCUUCCUCAACACCAGUGCUUCCACUCUCUCUUUGCGCUCUGUUUCUCGCUUCUCCUCCGAUUUACGUUGGCGGGGGAAGCCUACAUGGCCAAUUGCGAUUGCCAACCAAUCGCUCUACGAGAUAGAGUAGAUUUCCUGAUCCGCUUGUUGGACCUCGACGCGGCGGCUAAGCACGCCUUGCUCCCUUGGCGAUUGAAAGAACAAAACGUUCUGAAUUAUUUGAUGAAGACCUUAAGAACGAGGAAGCAGUGGACUGGACAUGCGGCGCAAUCGUGGUGGCCAUGUGCAAAGCCGAGAGGUAUGGAGACGCCUUGGAUUUGGCCAGUUAUUUCUUCGUCGAGCACAAGAUGAUACCCGUAAGGUAUUCUUUCAAUCGCAUACUCAAAGCCUUGUUUGAAGACUCGUCCAAAUUUCAGGCCAGAACGACCCUUCUCGGGAUUAAACGGUUGGCUCAAGACGGAGAGUUCGAUGAAGCCAUGUAUCCAUCCUAUACGAGAAAUUAUUCGUACCCGAUACGCAAGGGGUUUUGGCCUUUCGGAAAGGGUUUGGAUGUUUCUAACAGUUUGAUUCGUGGAUUUUUGGAUUUGGGGGACUUCGAAGAGGCCCAUAAACUCUUCGAGGCACUAAAGGUUAGAGACGGCUACUACAAUCUUGGAAAUACUGCGAAAUUUAUGGAGUACUGGCUCAAGCAAGGAAUUAUGAAGGUGAUAGACGGGGAACCGACUGGUACACAUGCACUCCUUCAAGUUUUGUUAGACUAUGGCAAGAAAACCGAAGCUUGGGAAUUGUUUGACCAUCUUUUAGAUGAUGAUAGCAAGAAAGUGAUUUUCCGCUGUGAUACAGAUACACUAAAUCUAAUGGUGAAUGAGUGCUUCAAGAUGGGUCGGUUUUACGCGGCCAUCCACACUUUCAAGAGGGUCCGGCCUCACAAGAUGAAGCGACAGUGCCAACAACAGGAGAAACUCUAUCAAAACAUCAUCGCUAGGUUUUGCGAGGUAGGCUUGCUGUAUGAGGCAGAGCGUUUCUUUGCCGAAAUGCGGUCGCUAAACACCAUAAAUCCUGACGUUUCCUCAUAUACUACAUUGAUGGAUGCGUAUAUUAAGGCAGGGAGAGUAGAGGAUGUUGUCCGAAUCUCAAACCAGAUGAUUGAUCAUUUUCUGGGCCAUGUCGCUCAGCUCUCACUUGAGCCGCUCCAGAUCUGAAUCUGGUGAAGCAAAUGCUUUAGGCAUCAUACUUUCUUUGUAAUUUUUGGCCAUCAAUUAAUUUUACCGAGUUCUUAAAAACAACGUGGGUGUAUUGGGCUGUUAUUAUCUUUUCCUUUUAUUUAUUUUAUAUUUGGAUUUAAAAUGAUGUUUUUUUUAA